AUGCCGCGUCCACGACGUGCGGCCGCCGAAGAAGCCAGGCGAAUCAACGCGCCGAACCACCCUCCACCAACUCGUCGAAGCGCCCGUGCUCCCAACAAUCAGCUCGCUGAUGAUUCUGACAUUAUGGAAAUCUUUUCGGGAGAUGAAGAUGACGAGUUGAGUCCGGGUGGCAGUUCCGAAGAUGAUAGCUUUAUCAGCGACAAUGAUGAUGUGCUUGACCUUGACGAUGACACCGCGGCCGAUAGUGUCUUGGCUGCCGUUAUCGAGGCAUCACUUGAUGAUUACGUGAUGCAGAGUCCACGGCGUCGCGCGGUGCUCGACGACACUCUAGCAAACGACGAUAGCGAUGUGCGAGAAGACGUUAAUGCGUCGACAUCAUCAGGUGAAGCCCCGGCCCGGGUGGUGAUCGUGUCGGAUGAUGAAAGUGUCCACUCCGAUGAUGGCCCUAGACCCCCGAAACGUGCAAAAACCGAGUCGCCCAAGAAAGCCAAGGUGGAAGUCUUCGAUGAUGGCGAUGGCGACGAUGGAUGCACGAUUUGCUUUGACAGCUACACCACAAACGGGGAUCACCGCCUGGUCUCGCUGAAAUGCGGUCAUUUCUAUGGAAAGAGCUGUAUCGAGCGAUGGAUACGAGGAGAGAAAGCGCCACAUUGCCCGCAAUGCAAAGCCAAAGCGGGCAUCAAGGAUAUUCGCACGCACUAUGCUCGAACGGUGCAGAUAACAGACAACAGCGAGCUGGAGUCGACCAAGAAAUCUCGGGAUGAAUACAAACGCAUGGUCACUUCAUUAGAGCUUGACGUCGCCCGGCAUCUCAACACGAUUCGUGAAUUAGAGGAAAAAUUGACGAAAGCUCCUUCUGCGGCGGCCGUCACGGCCUUCCAGGUCUACAAAUUCAAGCUGGCCGUGGGCAACAAGUUGGCAAUGUCUUGCGAUGGUUGCCGUGCGAUCGAUUUUGACGAUCAAUUUGUCUACAUCGGCUACAACAGGAAAGGGGCGCUCUUCUCCGGAUACUCACUGCAAAUACUAGACAUGCGACUGAAAAGAGGUCCGAAUAGCCCGUUACAUACGGGCAAAAUUCGCCAAUUCGCCAUCUGUCCCUCUCUAACGACUCGUCUUUUGUCAGUCGGCGAGGACAACACGGCGGUCAUCUACGACUUACAGACAAGCCAGAAGGUGAAGACAUUCCGGCUCGAUACACCAGGCUGGACCUGUUGUUGGCUGAGCGACACCGAGUGCGCCAUUGGUCUUCGAAACGGCCGGGUCUUCAAAUACGACGUCACCGCCGCCUCUGACCAGCGUCCAGUUGAUUUGACCGGUGGUGAUGGACCUUUUCCUAUCCAUCAUUUGAGCUAUUUUGACAAGUUCUCUCUGCUGCUCAUCGGAUCGAUGCGUAGGGUACUUGGCUAUUAUCGUGGAGCCACGAUCCCCCUCUUGGACAAUGCCAAAGAUAAUUUCCAAAAAAUAAGUGCCGUCGCCUCUGAUCCGAGCAGCCAGAAGAUCCUUGUUGUGCUCCCCGAUGGGGAUGGACAGCGUCCGAUUGAGCACCGCCUCUACCACAUCCGAGAGGAAGGACCUACGCUCAAAUGCGUCGAAGUCGGCCGCUUCUCCACGAAGUCGCUGAGCCUUCCCUACCUGAUCUCGCCGUGCCUCUUCCGUUUUGCCGACUCUGAUGUGUCGGUGAUGUACGAGACGGACCUGAAGCGGAUCGCCGUUCACGAUUGGAGCGGUAGACGCCCAGACAUCUACCAGACGAUCCCCGAAUUCGGCCAAGUGGCGGCCAUCCGCGCCAUUCGAGUCAACGAAUCCGAGAUGCGACUCAUCGUCGUGGCCGAUACCGGCGUCACCAGCAGUCGUCUUCUGCACACCAAU